ACAGCUGAGCAGAACAUUCUUGGGUGGGAGUGGAACGUGACCUCUGUGUUUGGAGCACGGGGUGCAACUCCUGGGAUUGAGCCUGGAGAACUUGAGGAUGUUGGUGAUGAAGGAGAAGAAGAAAAAGAAUUCAUUUCCUAUAACAUCAACAUAGACAUCCAUUACGGAGUGAAGUCCAACAGCUUGGCAUUCAUUAAACGAACUCCUGUAAUUGAUGCAGAUAAACCGGUAUCUUCUCAGCUCCGGGUUCUCACACUCAGUGAAGACUCGCCAUACGAGACAUUGCAUUCUUUCAUAAGCAAUGCGGUGGCUCCUUUUUUUAAGUCCUAUAUCAGAGAGUCCGGCAAGGCAGACAGGGAUGGUGAUAAAAUGGCUCCUUCAGUUGAAAAAAAGAUUGCAGAACUUGAGAUGGGCCUCCUGCAUUUGCAGCAAAACAUCGAAAUCCCAGAAAUCAGCCUACCGAUUCAUCCAAUUAUUACCAAUGUGGCAAAACAGUGUUAUGAGCGUGGAGAAAAGCCCAAAGUUACAGACUUUGGUGAUAAAGUUGAAGACCCAACUUUUCUCAAUCAGUUACAGUCUGGAGUUAACCGCUGGAUCAGAGAAAUUCAGAAAGUGACCAAACUCGAUCGAGACCCCGCGUCAGGAACUGCCUUACAGGAGAUUAGUUUUUGGCUCAACUUGGAACGUGCGUUAUACCGCAUCCAAGAGAAACGGGAGAGCCCGGAGGUCCUCCUGACUCUGGAUAUCCUGAAGCACGGCAAACGCUUCCACGCCACUGUCAGCUUCGACACCGACACAGGUCUGAAACAGGCCCUGGAGACGGUGAACGACUACAACCCGCUGAUGAAGGACUUCCCCCUGAACGACCUGCUGUCGGCCACUGAGCUGGACAAGAUCCGCCAGGCGCUUGUGGCCAUCUUCACCCAUCUGAGAAAGAUCCGCAACACCAAGUACCCCAUCCAGAGGGCGCUGCGCCUGGUGGAGGCCAUUUCAAGAGACUUGAGUUCUCAGCUCCUCAAAGUGCUGGGCACGAGGAAACUGAUGCACGUUGCUUAUGAAGAGUUCGAAAAGGUGAUGGUCGCGUGCUUUGAGGUUUUCCAGACCUGGGACGACGAGUACGAGAAGCUGCAGGUGUUGCUGAGAGACAUCGUCAAAAGGAAGCGGGAGGAGAACCUGAAGAUGGUGUGGCGCAUCAACCCCGCCCACCGGAAGCUGCAGGCGCGCCUGGACCAGAUGCGCAAGUUCCGCCGCCAGCACGAGCAGCUGCGCGCCGUCAUCGUCCGGGUGCUGCGGCCGCAGGUCACAGCAGUUGCGCAGCAGAAUCAGGGAGAGGUUCCUGAGCCCCAGGACAUGAAAGUGGCUGAGGUUCUCUUUGAUGCCGCUGACGCGAAUGCCAUCGAGGAGGUCAACCUCGCGUACGAGAACGUCAAGGAAGUGGACGGGCUGGACGUGUCCAAGGAGGGCACGGAAGCCUGGGAGGCCGCGAUGAAGCGGUACGACGAGCGGAUCGACAGAGUGGAGACCCGCAUCACGGCUCGCCUCCGGGACCAGCUGGGCACGGCCAAGAACGCCAACGAGAUGUUUAGGAUCUUCUCCAGGUUCAACGCGCUCUUCGUCAGGCCGCACAUCCGCGGGGCCAUCCGCGAGUACCAGACCCAGCUGAUCCAGCGCGUGAAGGACGACAUCGAGUCUCUCCAUGACAAGUUCAAGGUCCAGUACCCACAAAGCCAGGCUUGUAAGAUGAGCCACGUGCGGGACCUGCCCCCAGUGUCGGGGUCCAUCAUCUGGGCCAAGCAGAUCGACAGGCAGCUGACUGCCUACAUGAAGCGCGUGGAAGACGUCCUGGGCAAGGGCUGGGAGAACCACGUGGAAGGGCAGAAGCUGAAGCAGGACGGGGACAGCUUCCGCAUGAAGCUCAACACCCAGGAGAUCUUCGACGACUGGGCGCGGAAGGUGCAGCAGCGCAACCUGGGCGUCUCGGGGCGCAUCUUCACCAUCGAGAGCACUCGCGUCCGGGGCCGCAGCGGGAACGUCCUUAAGCUGAAAGUGAACUUCCUUCCUGAAAUCAUCACACUUUCUAAGGAGGUGCGGAACCUCAAGUGGCUGGGUUUCCGAGUGCCCCUGGCCAUUGUGAACAAGGCCCACCAGGCAAACCAGCUCUACCCGUUUGCCAUCUCGCUGAUCGAAAGCGUCCGUACGUACGAGCGGACCUGUGAGAAAGUGGAGGAGCGCAGCACCAUCUCGCUCCUGGUGGCCGGCUUGAAGAAGGAAGUGCAGGCUCUGAUUGCAGAAGGCAUCGCGCUGGUGUGGGAGUCGUACAAACUCGACCCCUACGUGCAGCGCCUGGCAGAGACGGUCUUCAACUUCCAGGAGAAGGUGGACGACCUGCUGAUUAUUGAAGAAAAAAUAGACCUGGAGGUGCGCUCCCUGGAGACGUGCAUGUACGACCACAAGACCUUCUCCGAGAUCUUGAACCGAGUCCAGAAAGCCGUGGAUGACCUAAAUCUGCAUUCCUACUCCAAUCUGCCCAUCUGGGUCAACAAGCUGGACAUGGAGAUCGAACGGAUACUGGGUGUCCGUCUGCAAGCUGGCCUGAGAGCGUGGACUCAGGUCCUUCUUGGACAGGCCGAAGAUAAAGCAGAAGUUGACAUGGAUACGGACGCUCCCCAAGUCAGUCACAAGCCUGGUGGAGAGCCAAAGAUCAAAAACGUUGUUCAUGAGCUGAGGAUAACCAACCAAGUCAUCUACUUGAACCCGCCAAUCGAGGAGUGCAGGUACAAGCUGUAUCAGGAGAUGUUUGCCUGGAAGAUGGUCGUGCUGUCUCUGCCCAGGAUCCAGAGUCAGAGGUACCAGGUGGGCGUGCAUUACGAGCUGACGGAGGAAGAGAAAUUCUACAGGAACGCUCUGACGCGGAUGCCCGACGGCCCAGUGGCCCUGGAAGAGUCGUAUUCCGCGGUCAUGGGCAUCGUGACUGAGGUCGAGCAGUACGUCAAGGUUUGGCUUCAGUACCAGUGUCUGUGGGACAUGCAAGCCGAGAACAUCUACAACAGGCUCGGGGAGGACCUGAACAAGUGGCAGGCUCUCCUGGUGCAGAUCCGGAAGGCCAGGGGGACUUUCGACAACGCAGAGACCAAGAAGGAGUUUGGCCCGGUGGUGAUAGACUACGGCAAGGUGCAAUCUAAGGUGAACCUGAAGUACGACUCCUGGCAUAAGGAGGUGCUCAGCAAGUUCGGGCAGAUGCUCGGAUCAAACAUGACAGAAUUCCACUCCCAGAUCUCAAAGUCUCGCCAAGAGUUGGAGCAGCACUCGGUGGACACGGCCAGCACCUCCGACGCAGUGACCUUCAUCACCUACGUGCAGUCGCUGAAGCGGAAGAUCAAGCAGUUUGAGAAGCAAGUGGAGCUCUACCGCAAUGGCCAGCGCUUGCUGGAAAAGCAGAGAUUCCAGUUCCCGCCCUCCUGGCUUUACAUCGACAACAUCGAGGGAGAGUGGGGGGCCUUCAACGACAUCAUGCGGCGGAAGGACUCUGCCAUUCAGCAGCAGGUGGCGAACCUGCAGAUGAAGAUUGUCCAGGAGGACCGGGCCGUGGAGAGCCGUACCACCGACCUGCUCACGGACUGGGAGAAAACCAAGCCGGUGACGGGCAAUCUUCGCCCCGAGGAGGCGCUUCAGGCUCUCACGAUAUACGAGGGGAAGUUUGGCAGGUUGAAGGACGACAGAGAGAAGUGUGCCAAGGCCAAGGAGGCGCUGGAGCUGACAGACACAGGCCUCCUGAGUGGCAGCGAGGAGCGAGUGCAGGUGGCCUUGGAAGAACUACAGGACCUCAAGGGUGUUUGGUCAGAACUUUCGAAGGUCUGGGAGCAAAUCGACCAGAUGAAGGAGCAGCCGUGGGUUUCAGUGCAGCCGCGAAAGCUUCGACAGAGCCUAGAUGGGCUCCUGAACCAGCUGAAAAACUUCCCCGCCCGGCUGCGGCAGUACGCGUCCUACGAGUUUGUGCAGAGGCUGCUGAAAGGUUACAUGAAGAUAAACAUGCUGGUGAUCGAGCUGAAAUCCGAAGCCCUUAAAGACCGCCAUUGGAAACAGCUGAUGAAAAGGCUUCAUGUGAACUGGGUUGUUUCUGAGCUGACCCUCGGCCAGAUCUGGGACGUAGACUUGCAGAAGAACGAAGCCAUUGUCAAGGAUGUGCUGCUGGUGGCCCAGGGGGAGAUGGCUCUGGAGGAGUUUCUGAAGCAGAUAAGGGAAGUGUGGAACACGUACGAGCUGGACUUGGUGAACUACCAGAACAAGUGCCGCUUGAUCCGCGGCUGGGAUGACCUCUUCAACAAGGUCAAAGAGCACAUCAACAGUGUCUCGGCCAUGAAGCUCUCUCCUUAUUACAAGGUUUUUGAAGAGGACGCGCUGAGCUGGGAAGACAAGCUGAACCGGAUCAUGGCUCUCUUUGACGUGUGGAUUGAUGUGCAGCGGCGGUGGGUCUACCUGGAAGGCAUCUUCACGGGCAGUGCAGAUAUCAAACACCUGCUGCCGGUGGAGACCCAGCGGUUCCAGAGCAUCAGCACGGAGUUCUUGGCUCUAAUGAAAAAAGUGUCCAAAUCUCCCCUUGUUAUGGACGUCCUGAACAUCCAGGGGGUGCAGAGGUCUCUCGAAAGGUUGGCAGACCUGCUGGGAAAGAUCCAGAAAGCUCUGGGAGAAUACCUGGAAAGAGAACGAUCCUCUUUCCCCAGGUUCUAUUUCGUGGGGGAUGAAGAUUUGCUUGAAAUCAUUGGAAACAGCAAGAAUGUAGCCAAAUUACAGAAACACUUCAAGAAAAUGUUUGCUGGCGUUUCGAGCAUCAUCCUAAACGAAGACAGCUCUGUCGUCCUGGGCAUUUCAUCCCGGGAAGGAGAGGAGGUAAUGUUUAAAACUCCUGUGUCAAUUACCGAGCACCCCAAAAUCAACGAGUGGCUCACGCUGGUGGAGAAGGAGAUGCGAGUCACUCUGGCUAAGCUCCUCGCUGAGUCCGUCACGGAAGUGGAGAUUUUCGGUAAAGCCACCUCAAUCGACCCGAAUACCUACAUCACCUGGAUCGAUAAGUACCAGGCCCAGCUCGUGGUCCUGUCAGCCCAGAUAGCCUGGUCCGAAAACGUGGAGACGGCGCUGAGCAGCAUCGGCGGAGGCGGUGACGCGGCGCCUUUGCACUCCGUGCUGAGCAACGUGGAGGUCACCCUCAACGUGUUGGCGGACUCUGUCCUCAUGGAGCAGCCCCCGCUGCGCAGGCGGAAGCUGGAGCACUUGAUUACAGAGCUGGUUCACCAGAGAGAUGUCACGAGAUCCCUGAUUCGAAGCCGGAUUGACAGUGCCAAGUCCUUCGAGUGGCUCAGCCAGAUGCGGUUCUACUUCGACCCCAAGCAGACCGACGUGCUGCAGCAGCUGUCCAUCCAGAUGGCCAACGCCAAGUUCAACUAUGGCUUUGAGUACCUGGGUGUUCAGGACAAGCUGGUCCAGACCCCCCUCACCGACCGCUGCUAUUUGACCAUGACGCAAGCCUUGGAGGCCAGGCUUGGGGGGUCCCCAUUCGGCCCCGCAGGGACCGGGAAGACAGAGUCGGUCAAAGCCCUGGGCCAUCAGCUGGGACGUUUUGUGUUGGUUUUCAACUGCGACGAAACGUUUGAUUUCCAGGCGAUGGGCCGCAUCUUCGUGGGGCUCUGCCAGGUGGGCGCGUGGGGCUGCUUCGACGAGUUCAACCGCCUGGAGGAGCGCAUGCUCUCGGCCGUGUCACAGCAGGUGCAGUGCAUCCAGGAAGCGCUGCGCGAGCACUCCAACCCCAGCCACGACAAGCCCUCUGUCCCCAUUACUUGUGAGCUGCUGAACAAACAAGUCAAAGUGAGCCCAGACAUGGCCAUCUUCAUCACCAUGAACCCUGGCUACGCAGGCAGGUCCAACCUUCCUGACAACCUGAAGAAGCUGUUCCGGAGCUUGGCCAUGACCAAGCCUGACCGGCAGUUAAUUGCCCAGGUCAUGCUGUACUCUCAGGGCUUCCGCACUGCCGAAGUGCUCGCCAACAAGAUCGUCCCGUUCUUCAAGCUGUGUGACGAGCAGCUCUCUUCCCAGAGCCAUUACGAUUUUGGCCUUCGGGCUCUGAAGAGCGUGCUGGUGAGCGCAGGCAACGUGAAGAGAGAGAGGAUCCAGAAGAUUAAGAGGGAGAAAGAGGAGCGCGGGGAAGCCGUAGAUGAAGGCGAGAUUGCGGAGAACCUGCCUGAGCAAGAGAUCCUGAUCCAGAGCGUCUGCGAGACGAUGGUGCCGAAGCUGGUGGCCGAGGACAUCCCCCUGCUCUUCAGCCUCCUGUCAGACGUGUUCCCCGGGGUGCAGUACCACCGUGGGGAGAUGACCGCCCUCCGGGAAGAGCUGAAGAAAGUGUGUCAGGAGAUGUACCUGACGUACGGCGACGGAGAGGAAGUGGGCGGCAUGUGGGUCGAGAAGGUGCUGCAGCUCUAUCAGAUCACCCAGAUCAAUCACGGCCUGAUGAUGGUGGGGCCCUCGGGAAGUGGGAAGAGCACGGCUUGGCGCGUCCUGAAAAAAAAGGAGAGACUCGAGGGCGUAGAAGGCGUGGCCCACAUCAUCGACCCCAAGGCCAUCAGCAAAGACCACCUGUACGGAACCCUGGACCCCAACACCAGGGAGUGGACAGACGGCCUCUUCACACACGUGCUCAGGAAGAUCAUCGACAACGUGCGAGGCGAGUUGCAGAAACGCCAGUGGAUCGUCUUCGAUGGCGACGUGGACCCUGAGUGGGUGGAGAACCUGAACUCGGUGCUAGACGACAACAAGCUGCUCACCCUGCCGAACGGGGAGCGCCUCAGCCUUCCCCCCAACGUGCGGAUCAUGUUCGAAGUGCAGGACCUGAAGUACGCGACCCUGGCCACGGUGUCACGCUGUGGUAUGGUGUGGUUCAGUGAGGAUGUGCUGAGCACGGACAUGAUCUUCAACAACUUCCUGGCCAGGCUGCGCAGCAUCCCCCUGGACGAGGGGGAGGACGAGGCGCAGCGGCGGCGCAAGGGCAAAGAGGAUGAGGGGGAGGAGGCUGCUUCCCCGAUGCUGCAGAUCCAGAGGGACGCGGCCACGAUCAUGCAGCCGUACUUCACGUCCAACGGGCUGGUCACCAAGGCGCUGGAGCACGCAUUCAAGCUGGAGCACAUCAUGGACCUCACGCGCCUGCGCUGCCUCGGCUCACUCUUCUCCAUGCUGCACCAGGCCUGCCGCAACGUGGCGCAGUACAACGCCAACCACCCCGACUUCCCCAUGCAGGUCGAGCAGCUGGAGCGCUACGUGCAGCGCUACCUGGUGUACGCCAUCCUCUGGUCCUUGUCUGGAGACAGCCGGCUGAAGAUGAGGGCAGAGCUGGGCGAGUACAUCAGGCGGAUCACGACCGUGCCCCUGCCCACCGCGCCCAACAUCCCCAUCAUCGACUACGAGGUGUCCAUCAGUGGAGAAUGGUCCCCGUGGCAGGCCAAGGUGCCUCAGAUCGAAGUGGAGACGCACAAGGUGGCGGCCCCUGACGUCGUCGUGCCGACCCUGGACACGGUCCGCCAUGAGGCCCUCUUGUACACGUGGCUGGCCGCACACAACGCGGCGGGCUUUCCUUGCCAUCGGGGCUAUGUGGCAGGGUUGGUCACAGCUGCCUUCCCAUCCUCCCCGAAGGUCGUGGGCCUCAACUUCUCGAGCGCCACCACCCCGGAGCUGCUCCUGAAGACCUUCGACCACUACUGUGAGUACAGGCGCACCCCCAACGGGGUCGUCCUGGCGCCCGUGCAGCUCGGGAAGUGGCUGGUGCUGUUCUGUGACGAAAUCAACCUGCCAGACAUGGACAAGUACGGGACCCAGAGGGUCAUCUCCUUCAUCAGACAGAUGGUGGAGCAUGGAGGCUUCUACCGGACCUCUGAUCAGACGUGGGUGAAGCUGGAGAGGAUCCAGUUUGUCGGGGCUUGUAAUCCACCCACUGAUCCUGGAAGGAAGCCCCUCUCCCACAGGUUCUUGCGUCACGUUCCUGUCGUGUACGUGGACUACCCGGGACCUGCCUCCCUCACACAGAUUUACGGCACCUUCAACCGGGCCAUGCUGCGGCUCAUCCCGUCCCUGCGGACGUACGCGGAGCCCCUCACUGCCGCCAUGGUGGAGUUCUACACCAUGUCCCAGGAGAGGUUCACUCAGGACACACAGCCUCACUACAUCUACUCCCCCCGCGAGAUGACCAGGUGGGUGAGGGGGAUCUUCGAAGCUCUGAGACCUCUGGAGACUCUGCCUGUCGAAGGCCUCAUCCGGAUCUGGGCGCACGAAGCUCUCCGUCUCUUCCAGGACAGACUCGUGGAGGACGAGGAGCGGCGGUGGACAGAUGAGAACAUCGACAUGGUCGCGCUGAAGCACUUCCCUAACAUAGACAAGGAGAGAGCCAUGAGCCGGCCCAUCCUGUACAGCAACUGGCUGUCCAAGGAUUAUAUUCCAGUAGACCAGGAAGAGCUAAGAGAUUAUGUGAAAGCUAGGCUGAAGGUCUUCUAUGAAGAAGAACUGGAUGUGCCCCUCGUCCUGUUUAAUGAAGUGCUGGACCACGUGCUCAGGAUCGACAGAAUAUUCCGCCAGCCUCAAGGCCACUUGCUUCUGAUUGGUGUUAGUGGAGCAGGAAAAACCACUCUGUCACGAUUUGUCGCCUGGAUGAAUGGUUUGAGUGUCUAUCAGAUUAAGGUCCACCGGAAAUACACGGGGGAAGACUUUGAUGAAGACCUUCGCACCGUAUUGCGACGCUCCGGCUGUAAGAAUGAGAAGAUCGCGUUUAUCAUGGACGAGUCCAACGUGUUAGACUCUGGGUUCCUGGAACGGAUGAACACCCUUCUGGCCAACGGAGAGGUGCCCGGUCUCUUCGAAGGGGACGAGUACGCCACCCUGAUGACCCAGUGUAAGGAGGGGGCACAGAAGGAGGGCCUGAUGCUGGACUCGCACGAGGAGCUCUACAAGUGGUUCACCAGCCAGGUCAUCCGCAACCUGCACGUCGUGUUCACCAUGAACCCCUCCUCAGAGGGACUCAAGGACCGCGCGGCCACAUCACCCGCGCUCUUCAACAGGUGUGUGCUGAACUGGUUUGGUGACUGGUCCACGGAAGCACUGUACCAAGUUGGCAAAGAGUUCACGAGUAAGAUGGACCUCGAGAAGCCCAACUACAUCGUGCCCGAUUACAUGCCGGUGGUGUACGACAAGCUGCCGCAGCCACCCUCCCAUCGGGAAGCCAUCGUGAACAGCUGUGUGUUCGUCCAUCAGACCCUUCACCAGGCCAAUGCUCGGCUAGCGAAGCGAGGGGGCAGGACGAUGGCCAUCACACCUCGCCACUACCUGGACUUCAUCAACCACUACGCCAACCUGUUCCAUGAGAAGCGCAGCGAGCUGGAGGAGCAGCAGAUGCACCUGAACGUCGGGCUCCGCAAGAUCAAAGAAACUGUCGACCAGGUGGAAGAGCUGCGUCGUGACUUGAGGAUAAAGAGCCAAGAGCUGGAGGUGAAGAACGCAGCCGCCAACGACAAGCUGAAGAAGAUGGUGAAAGACCAGCAGGAGGCCGAAAAGAAAAAGGUCAUGAGCCAGGAAAUCCAGGAGCAGCUGCACAAGCAGCAGGAAGUCAUUGCAGACAAGCAGAUGAGCGUCAAGGAGGACCUCGACAAGGUGGAGCCCGCUGUCAUUGAGGCCCAGAAUGCCGUGAAGUCCAUCAAGAAGCAGCACCUGGUGGAGGUGCGGUCCAUGGCCAACCCCCCUGCAGCCGUCAAGCUGGCGCUGGAGUCCAUCUGCCUGCUGCUGGGGGAGAGCACCACCGACUGGAAGCAGAUCCGCUCCAUCAUCAUGCGGGAGAACUUCAUCCCCACCAUCGUCAACUUCUCCGCCGAGGAGAUCAGUGACGCCAUCAGGGAGAAGAUGAAGAAGAACUACAUGUCCAACCCGAGCUACAACUAUGAGAUCGUCAACCGGGCCUCGCUGGCCUGCGGCCCCAUGGUGAAGUGGGCCAUUGCACAGCUUAACUACGCAGACAUGCUGAAGAGGGUGGAGCCCCUGCGCAAUGAGCUGCAGAAGCUGGAGGACGACGCCAAGGACAACCAGCAGAAGGCCAACGAGGUGGAGCAGAUGAUCCGGGACCUGGAGGCCAGCAUCGCCCGCUACAAGGAGGAGUACGCCGUCCUCAUCUCAGAGGCCCAGGCCAUCAAGGCCGACCUGGCCGCCGUCGAAGCCAAGGUGAACCGGAGCACCCUGCCGGUCCCAAGCCCUGCUGAGCGGGAACGAUGGGAGAAAACAAGCGAGACGUUCAAAAACCAGAUGUCCACCAUCGCCGGGGACUGCCUGCUGUCCGCGGCCUUCAUCGCCUACGCCGGCUACUUUGACCAGCAGAUGCGCCAGAACCUGUUCACCACCUGGUCCCACCACCUGCAGCAGGCCAACAUCCAGUUCCGCACAGACAUUGCCCGGACGGAGUACCUGUCCAACGCCGACGAGCGCCUACGCUGGCAGGCCAGCUCCCUGCCGGCCGACGACCUGUGCACGGAGAACGCCAUCAUGCUGAAGCGGUUUAACAGGUACCCGCUGAUCAUAGACCCCUCGGGACAGGCCACGGAGUUCAUUAUGAACGAGUACAAGGACCGCAAGAUCACACGCACAAGCUUCUUAGACGACGCCUUCAGGAAGAACUUGGAGAGUGCGCUGCGCUUCGGAAACCCACUCUUGGUGCAGGACGUGGAAAGCUACGACCCAGUCUUGAACCCGGUACUCAACCGUGAAGUCCGGCGCACAGGGGGCAGAGUGCUGAUUACCCUCGGUGACCAGGACAUAGACCUGUCGCCGUCCUUUGUCAUCUUCCUGUCCACCCGCGAUCCAACCGUCGAAUUCCCACCGGACCUCUGCUCCCGAGUUACUUUUGUCAACUUCACCGUCACCCGGAGCAGUUUGCAGAGCCAGUGUCUAAACGAAGUCCUGAAAGCAGAAAGGCCUGACGUGGAUGAAAAGCGUUCCGAUCUCCUCAAGCUCCAAGGGGAGUUCCAGCUACGCCUGCGCCAGCUGGAGAAGUCGCUGCUGCAGGCUCUGAACGAGGUGAAAGGGCGCAUCCUGGACGACGACACCAUCAUCACGACCCUGGAGAACCUCAAGAGAGAGGCCGCCGAGGUCACCAGGAAGGUGGAGGAGACGGACAUCGUCAUGCAGGAGGUGGAGACUGUGUCCCAGCAGUACCUCCCGCUCUCCACCGCCUGCAGCAGCAUCUACUUCACCAUGGAGUCCCUGAAACAGAUACACUUCCUGUACCAGUACUCCCUGCAGUUCUUCCUGGACAUCUACCACAACGUCCUGUACGAGAACCCCAACCUGAAGGGCGUCACGGACCACACGCAGCGCCUCUGCGUCAUAACCAAGGACCUCUUCCAGGUGGCGUUUAACCGAGUGGCCAGGGGUAUGCUGCACCAGGACCACAUCACCUUCGCCAUGCUGUUGGCCAGGAUCAAGCUGAAGGGCACUGUGGGGGAGCCCACCUACGACGCCGAGUUCCAGCACUUCCUGAGAGGGAAGGAGAUUGUUUUGAGCGCUGGCUCCACCCCCACAAUCCAGGGCCUGACCGUGGAGCAGGCUGAAGCCGUCGUGAGGCUGAGCUGUCUUCCUGCGUUUAAAGAUCUGAUCGCAAAGGUCCAGGCGGAUGAGCAAUUCGGCAUCUGGCUGGACAGCAGCUCCCCAGAACAGACCGUGCCGUACCUCUGGAGCGAAGACUCACCUGCAACGCCCAUCGGGCAGGCCAUCCACCGGCUGCUCUUGAUUCAGGCCUUCCGGCCCGACCGCCUGCUAGCCAUGGCCCACACGUUUGUCUCCACCAACCUCGGGGAGUCCUUCAUGUCCAUCAUGGAGCAGCCACUCGACCUGACGCACAUCGUGAGCACAGAGGUGAAGCCCAACACUCCCGUGCUGAUGUGCUCCGUGCCUGGCUACGAUGCCAGCGGGCACGUCGAGGACCUCGCGGCCGAGCAGAACACACAGAUCACCUCGAUCGCAAUCGGCUCGGCGGAAGGCUUCAACCAGGCGGACAAGGCCAUCAACACCGCCGUGAAGUCAGGCAGGUGGGUGAUGCUGAAGAACGUGCACCUGGCCCCAGGGUGGCUGAUGCAGCUGGAGAAGAAACUGCACUCCCUGCAGCCGCACGCCUGCUUCAGGCUCUUCCUCACCAUGGAGAUCAACCCCAAGGUGCCGGUGAACCUGCUCCGUGCUGGCCGCAUCUUCGUGUUCGAGCCGCCCCCAGGGGUGAAGGCCAACAUGCUGAGGACGUUCAGCAGCAUCCCCGUCUCGCGGAUAUGCAAGUCCCCCAACGAGCGUGCCCGCUUGUACUUCCUGCUGGCCUGGUUCCACGCCAUCAUCCAAGAACGCUUACGAUACGCACCCCUCGGGUGGUCCAAGAAGUACGAGUUUGGGGAGUCUGACCUGCGGUCGGCCUGCGACACAGUGGACACGUGGCUGGAUGACACGGCAAAGGGCAGGCAGAACAUCUCACCAGAUAAGAUCCCGUGGUCCGCCCUGAAGACCUUGAUGGCCCAGUCCAUCUACGGCGGGCGCGUGGACAAUGAGUUCGACCAGCGUCUGCUCAACACCUUCCUGGAGCGGCUGUUCACCACCAAGAGCUUCGACAGUGAGUUCAAGUUGGCGUGCAAGGUCGACGGACACAAAGACAUCCAGAUGCCAGACGGCAUCAGGCGAGAGGAGUUCGUGCAGUGGGUGGAGCUGCUCCCCGACACCCAGACGCCCUCCUGGCUGGGCCUGCCCAACAACGCCGAGAGGGUCCUCCUCACCACCCAGGGUGUGGACAUGAUCAGUAAGAUGCUCAAGAUGCAGAUGCUGGAGGAUGAGGACGACCUCGCCUACGCAGAGACCGAGAAGAAGACGAGGACGGACUCCACGUCUGACGGGCGCCCCGCCUGGAUGCGCACGCUGCACACCACCGCGUCCAACUGGCUGCACCUCAUCCCCCAGACGCUGAGCCACCUCAAGCGCACCGUGGAGAACAUCAAGGACCCGCUGUUCAGGUUCUUCGAGAGAGAGGUGAAGAUGGGCGCCAAGCUGCUCCAGGACGUGCGCCAGGACCUCGCCGACGUGGUCCAGGUGUGCGAGGGCAAGAAGAAGCAGACCAACUACCUGCGGACGCUCAUCAACGAGCUGGUGAAAGGGAUCCUGCCCCGGAGCUGGUCGCACUACACGGUGCCAGCCGGCAUGACCGUCAUCCAGUGGGUGUCCGACUUCAGCGAGCGGGUCAAGCAGCUGCAGGACAUCUCGCUGGCGGCUGCAUCUGGCGGCGCCAAGGAGCUGAAGAACAUCCAUGUGUGUCUGGGCGGCCUGUUCGUGCCUGAGGCCUACAUCACCGCCACCCGGCAGUACGUGGCCCAGGCCAACAGCUGGUCCCUGGAGGAGCUCUGUCUGGAGGUCAACGUCACCACGUCACAGAGCGCCACCCUCGACGCCUGCAGCUUUGGGGUCACCGGCUUGAAGCUCCAGGGGGCCACGUGCAGUAACAACAAGCUCUCGCUCUCCAACGCCAUCUCCACUGUGCUGCCCCUGACGCAGCUGCGCUGGCUCAAGCAGACCAACGCAGAGAAGAAGGCCAACGUGGUGACCCUACCUGUCUAUCUGAACUUCACCCGGGCAGACCUCAUCUUCACUGUGGACUUUGAAAUUGCCACCAAGGAAGACCCUCGCAGCUUCUACGAGCGGGGCGUGGCAGUGCUGUGCACGGAGUGAGCCGGCGCACCCGGCUCUCCCUCUCCACAGCAGACUCCGUGUUUGACACGUGUUCGUUAGGAUGUUUGGAAGGUGUGGACUCGCUCAGAAAGGGAGGUGGCCAAACUGAGGCUGCAAGGACCUGGACUGCCUGCUGAGGGCCAGGCGGGCCAGGCUUGGAGGGCACCGCGCGUGCCAGGACAGCAGCGUGGCUUAUUUUAUGAAUAAAACACUAAGCAUGA